UGAUCCCUGCUCUCAAGGUGCUCCAGGUCUGAUGGGGAGGAUAACAUGCCAAUAACCAGAUACCAGCAAGCUUCACAGAAGACACACUGGAGAGAAUCGGUAGAGAGAAGGCAUUAACACGAGAGGGGAUUAGGAAAGUCUUCUCGUAGGAGGUCUGUGCCAGAGGGCACGGAGACCUUCGAAGUCUAUGGCACCCCAGGCGUGGACAUCUUCAUCUCUCCAAACAUGGAAACUUCAAGGGAACGGGCUGACACCAGGAGGUGGCACUUCAAUAUGGGGCUUGAGAUCAUCGUUGUCAUGAACUCUCCAAGCAAUGACCUGAAUGACAGCCACGUUCAGAUCUCCUACCACUCCAAGGAUGAGCCCCUCGCCCUGGCCUAUGCUGUCCUCUACCUCACUUGUGUAGACAUCUCUCUGGACAGUGACAUGAAUUGUGAUGGCAAAGUAGAGAGGAACUACAUGGAUAAGAGGCACUGGGUAUGGGGACCUGGUGGACAUGGAGCAGUCCUCUUGGUGAACUGUGACCGGGAUGAUCUCACCUGUGGCGACAAAGAUAACUGUGACAAACGCGUGAGCUGCCUUGAAGACCUGCAGGACAUGUCGCUCAUGAUCCUGAGGACCCAGGGCCCCACUGCCCUCUUCGAUGACCACAAGCUGGUUCUACACGUCUCCAGUUUUGAUGCGGAGAGGGUGCGAGUCUUCCAUGCCUGUGGUCCUGAGGACUCAUGUGAAGCCUACAGGUAUGUUCUAGGGCCAAACAAGGUGUCCUAUGUGGUCCCUCGCUUCAACGGGGAUGAAGAAAGGUUCUAUGUAGAAGGACUUUCCUUCCCUGAUGCUGGCUUUGCCGGGCUCAUCACCUUCCAUGUCACCUUGUUGGAUGAUUCCAAUCAGGAUUUUCCGGAGUCCCCGAUCUUCACAGACACUGUUGUAUUCCGUGUGGCCCCCUGGAUCAUGACCCCAAGCACCCUCCCGCCCAUAGAGGUGUAUGUGUGCAAAGUAAGGAAUAACACCCACUUUGUGGAAGCAGUCGCACAAUUGGCGAGGAAAGCGGGCUGCAAGCUGACCAUCUGUCCCCAGGCUGAGAAUCGCAAUGACCGUUGGAUACAGGAUGAGAUGGAAUUGGGGUAUAUCCAGGCUCCACACAAGACUUUCCCUGUGGUCUUUGACUCCCCACGCAAUGGCGAGCUGCAGGACUUUCCCUACAAAAGGAUCCUGGGCCCAGACUUUGGCUACGUGACCAGGGAACCACGGGAUAAGUCUGUCAGUGGCCUAGACUCCUUUGGGAACUUGGAAGUCAGCCCUCCCGUGGUGGCCAAUGGGAAGGAGUACCCCUUGGGAAGAAUCCUUAUCGGGGGCAACUUGCCUGGAUCUGGUGGAAGGCGGGUCACGCAGGUGGUCCGGGACUUCCUGUACGCCCAGAAAGUUCAGCCUCCCGUGGAGCUCUUUGUGGACUGGCUGGCUGUGGGCCAUGUGGAUGAGUUCUUAAGCUUUGUUCCUGUCCCUGAUGACAAGGGUUUCCGCCUGCUUCUGGCCAGCCCUAGCGCAUGCUUCAAACUUUUCCAGGAGAAACAGAAAUGGGGCCAUGGAAGGGCCCUCCUGUUUGAAGGUGUUAUGGGGAGUUCACAGGUGAAGACCAUGUCCAUCAAUCAGAUCCUCUCCAAUGAAAACUUUAUCAGUUACAACAAAUUUGUCCAGAGUUGCAUCGACUGGAACCGAGAGGUUCUGAAGCGAGAGCUGGGCCUGGUAGAUCGAGACAUCAUUGACAUCCCUCAGCUCUUCAAAACGGAGAGGAGGAAAGCAGUGGCGUUUUUCCCUGACUUGGUGAACAUGCUCGUGUUGGGGAAGUACCUGGGGAUCCCCAAACCCUUUGGGCCUAUGAUCAAUGGGCGCUGCUGCCUAGAGGAGAAGGUCCGAUCCUUGCUGGAGCCACUGGGCCUUGAGUGCAACUUCAUUGAUGACUUCACCCCCUACCACAUGCUGCAUGGAGAGGUACACUGUGGCACCAAUGUCCGCCGGAAGCCCUUCCCCUUCAAAUGGUGGAACAUGAAGCCCUGAGCUGGCUCCCUUCCCUCCUUCCUCUCCUCUGCCUGGGAACUUCAGUAUGAGACAUGUGGAAGAUUCACCUGAAUGAUGGAAAUUCAACAAAGCAAACAAACCUAGGAAGCUUUGAGAGAAACUGAGUCCCACUGGAAACACUAAGCCCUUUCCCUAUAGUCCCUUCCCUACAUUAGCUCUCUACCUGGGAGCUGAAAAGCUCAGAGACCAAGUCCUCCCUCUCUAUGAAACAACAUGACCUCAUCUUAUGCUGCCUCCCACGUUUCACAGGUUUGAGACUCACAAUGAAUCCCCCAAACUAUUCACCUGCCAUUUCUUCCUUUUGUAAACUCCUCUUCAGAAAAAUGCCAGCUUAUAGCGUUGUGUCAUGGUGAUAUCGUCUCCUUCCGUCAGUGAGGCCAGAGCCCCGAGCAGGCUCACACCGCCAGGCAAAAGGAAAAAUUCUCAAGCCACAUUUAGUUUGGUCCACUUACUUCCAACCCAGCAGACCAAUAGAACUAAGAAGUAAGAUCAUUCCUAGCACGAGAAGGUCUGAAAAACCAAGCGGAAGCCGUAAACACGUCCCUUGUCAGCUGAGUCCUCAGAGCAGGGCCUGCAAGUUAGAAUGAGAAGGAUUCAUAGCAGAGGCAUCGACCAAGAUUCUUUUUGUUCUGAGCAAAUCCAGUGUCCCUUUGCUAGGCUCUAAAUUCCUAGAGGGAAUGGGCUAUAUCUUGUAUAUCUUCCCAUCUCUCUCCUAGUACUGAGUUCAAGGUCUUGCAUACAGUGGCCUCUAAAUAAAUGGGUUUAUUUUGAAGUGUGACUGUGAAGGUAGGUUUCUAAGAGACUGACAAGAUUCCCUUUGUCAUCCAGCAAUCAGGAAUUUGACUCUUGGUCUGAAAACCUAAAAGCACUUGGGAAUUUAGAGAUACCAGGAAUUCCAUGAGAUAGAGAAUAGGGAAAAAGUCAACAAGCAUGUAGCACUUACUGUUUGCCAAGUGUAGUAGUGCUAAGUACAGGGAGAUACAGAAGCAAAAAGAAAGACAGUCCCUGCCCUGGAGGAGCUUACAUGAUAAUGAGCAAAGACAACCUACAAAAGGGAAAAGCCAGGGGUGGGAGGGUUAGAGAAGGGAAGAUAUCCGAGACCAGAGAGGGAUGAAGACAUGUGCAUGGCUGGCCCGGGCACUUCCUCAAAAUGGAGGCUGUAGGAGGAACAGAUCAAUCAGAAAAAGGGGCCUCAGAGGCAGAGACAUCUUCCAAAGCAAGAAAAGUCAUGGAAUCUCCUGGUUGGAAGGGAGCUUGGAGGGCAUACAGUUCAAGUCAUACCAGAACAAGCAUUAUCUCUGCAAUGAACCCAAGCAGUCAUCUAGCCUUCCCUUGAAGACCCCCAGUAACAGGCAGCUCACUCCUUCCCCAGCAGCCCAUUCCACUUUGGGGCAACUCCACCUGUCGGGAAGCUUCUCUUGGCACCAAUCCUCGAUGUGCCUCUGUCAGUGCCCUGAAGCCAAAGAGAACAGGCCUCCUCCCUCUUCUACCCCAUAGACCUUCAAAUAUUUGGCCUUCAUGGCUAUUAUAUCAUUAAUGUGAUAAUAUAAUAUAUAUUAUC